AUGCUAGCAGCACACCGAGAUCAGGAAAACCUGGUGCACGCGCACCAGGUUCCAGCGAAACAACAGCCCAAGACGCCGGGACCGAGAUAUCCGAAGACUCCGAUAGGGCGUUUUGCUAGAAAUGAUGAGAAUGCGCCGACAGCCUUCACGGGCAAAAAUGCGCUCGUUGGAACUAUCAAGAAUACCACUAACGGUAAACUGUUGACGAAACCAACGUCGCAGAAGCAGACUUUAGCGACUCCUUUAGGCAACCAGUCAAGAGCCCCCCUUGGAAACAAGACAACCAACGCGAAAGCGCGGCCGAGUCAAUCAGUGAUCGGAAAGCAGAAAGUGAAGCCGGUCGAGGCUUCUCAUAUGAAGGCCGGCACCCAGCGACCUAAAUUGCGACAAACAGAAACAGCUACUCCAAAGUUUGAAAUCCAACCUGAUAAUAAGAACGCAGGCGCAGACGAGGAGCCUGAAUAUGCCCCCCCCGCCCCGACUCCCUUACCAUACCAAUCAGACGUGCUUCCCGAAGGCGGGUUGACGUUUAGGGGUCUGAAGAAAGAAUAUUUGCUCAAGGGCUAUUACGAGAACUAUUACAAUCCCGUCGAUGAUGACGGUGUUUCACGUCUUGAUAAAGCAUUUGACGAUGAGAUGAAGUUGGCAUUGGACAAGGCCGUUGAGCAAAAUGACCGCGAAUUCGAGGCUCUCGACUGGGGUGUACCUGAUGUGCAGGAUUCCAAAGCCACAUUUCCGGCAACUACAGCUCCCAGAAACCCCGGCUCACGAGCCGACGCCCACAGGGACAAGGUGCCGGUUCCCAAUGAUCGAAAGCUACACACAAUCAGCUCCCGCAGAGCAGCCUCAGCGUUGGCCAUUCACUCGGACAGGACUGGAAGUGCAUUGUCAUCACGGGUAGCAUCCUCAAAACGACCUUCAGCUCAGCCUAGAAUGGCCAAGUCAUCAGCUAUAGAGCCAUCGGGUACAACUACUGGAGAAGCGGCCUCGCGCACUACGAUUGGCUACAGCAAGGGCAGAACCGCAUCCUCCAUGAUGCGUCCCCACCACCAAAGCAGCAAGAGUCUUACUAGACCACCUGCUCGUCAAGCUUCGGACAACAGCUGGGAUCUUACCAGCACCCCUUCUCGUGCCCGCCUAGGUACUCCCGAACAGAGCCUGCUGCGAACAACUGAACGUCCGCAGUUCACGUCCAUAUUCUUCGACGAUGAGGACAACGCGGAGCCUGUGACUCUCAAUGGCCCAGCAAUUGACUCUGAUGAUGAUGAGACGUUUGAGCUGAAGCUGGAUAUUUAG